AUGACGCUUUGGGAGCAUAAACUUCUCCAACACCAAUGAAGGUUAUAAGAAGAGAUGGUUGAAGGUAAUACAAUUGAAGCAACGAUGCCUAGCUAUUUUUCUUUCCUAGUGAUAGCCCAACAUGAUUGAGUUGUCACUUGUGAGGCCAAUGAAUUUCUUAUCACCCCUCCCAUCACUAAGUUUCUCGUCAUGGUGCAACUAGAGUUGUUCGUAUAAUAACACUACAGUCUCUACCAUACCCAUCGUCGGUUCGUUAACUAACCAACUUCAUACAUGAUCCCUUACAUAGUGAAGGUGAUCAGGCUUUCCUACUCCAGUACGUGAUGUGCAUGAUUUCCUUUUGUUCGUUAGUUGAAUCGAGUUCCUACUCCGGUACGUGAUGUGCAUGAUUUCCUUUUGUUCGUUAGUUGAAUCGAGAGCAAAGAUCUGAACUUUCCAUCAUACAUAUGACAUGUAAGCCAUGCAAAAACACGCUUAGCUAAACAUAAGACACAAUAAAAUUUGUAAUUAAUAUGAAUGAAACUCAUUGAAAAAAAAAAAGAGUAAACAUAACGUUAUUACAUAUUUAUUACCAUCAUAUAUUUUAUCAAUGCACAAUUUUAUUGGCGUACAAAAUUCAUCCACGACCACCUAGGACUUGGAAGUAAGAAAAAAAAUCACCUCCCAAAUCCAAAUCCGAGGUGAAAAUGUGAAACCAAAUCAAAGUCGGAAAGGGCAAAGAAAAACCAGAAGAGAAACAAAGCUUCUCUCUUUUUUAAGAAGGGUUUGGGCCCUUUUUAUCUCCACCGGCCUCCCUCUCUCAUAAGCUCGCAUUCUUCCCUCUCUUCGCCGCAGAAGAGAGAGAAAACCAACCCCACGAACUACAGAACAAGCGAAGAGCGGAAAGCCUCUUCCCCCCUAUCCCGAACCCAAUCGCAACGAAAUCUAGUUUGUCAGAGAAAUCUUCGCUUUGAUUCCACCUGGUUCAGCUCCAGCUGAAUCGAACGGAGCGAACGGGAAUAAAAAAGAGGGUGUGUGCGUUUUUCCUUUCAUCAGACGACGGAGAUUCAAUCGAGGUAUGCAGCAAGGUGAUCAGACGGUGUUGAGCUUGAGGCCUGGUGGUGGUCGUGGAAGCAGCAGACUCUUCAACCAGUCUUCUUCUUCUCUGAUUCCUGGCAGCAACAGCAAUUCAUCUGGAGCCGCCGCCACCGCUAUUUCCUUCGGCGAUCUCUCGUUCCUUCGUCCUCAUGGCGGCGCCUCUGCCCUAAAGGCUGGUGACUCACGCUUCGAGGCCCGUGAGAGGGUGAAGUACACCAGGGACCAGCUUCUGCAGCUAAGAGAGGCUAUUGUUACAAUCCCGGAGGAGCUUCUGAAAAUCAAACGGGAAAUUGAAACUGAGCUUUUCGGUGAAGAUCAAAGCUGGACUCGUGCAGCAGAAAGUAAUCCCUCACCAACUCAGCCACCCCAGAAUCGCUAUUCCGAGCCAGACAAUCGUGACUGGCGAACCCGUACCACCACCCCAAUUCCUGGUCCUACUCCUGUGGAAGAGAGGUCCUGGGACUCACUUAAAGACAGAGACUUCGUGCCUCGGAAUGACUCCAGGCCACUCGAUGGAAACCAAUUCAAUCGUCAGGAUCAGCCCAAUUCCCAAUUUGUCCGCCCAAAUCAAUCGGGUGGUCCUACUCCCGCCUUAGUCAAGGCCGAGGUGCCAUGGUCAGCUAGGCGAGGCACCCUUUCUGAUAAAGAUCGUGUCUUGAAGACCGUCAAAGGUAUUCUCAACAAACUUACCCCAGAAAAGUUCGACCUUCUCAAAGGCCAACUCAUCGACUCAGGCAUCACAUCAGCCGAUAUCCUGAAGGGGGUGAUCUCUCUCAUAUUCGAAAAAGCCGUGCUGGAGCCCACAUUCUGCCCCAUGUACGCGCUGCUAUGCUCCGAUCUCAAUGAAAAGCUUCCUCCAUUUCCCUCUGAUGAGCCCGGUGGCAAAGAAAUAACCUUCAAGAGAGUCCUCUUGAACAACUGCCAAGAGGCAUUCGAGGGCGCUGAUAAGCUGAGGCAAGAAGUGAGGGAAAUGACAGCUCCUGAUCAAGAGCUAGAGCGCAAGGAUAAGGAAAGGAUGGUGAAGCUUCGUACGCUUGGAAAUAUUCGCUUGAUCGGUGAGCUCUUGAAGCAGAAGAUGGUCCCUGAGAAGAUUGUUCAUCACAUUGUUCAGGAGCUUCUGGGCCCUGACAGCAAAGUCUGUCCGGAAGAGGAAAACGUUGAAGCGAUCUGCCAGUUCUUCAACACUAUCGGGAAGCAGCUCGAUGAGAGCCCUAAAUCACGGCGGAUUAACGACGUGUACAUGAAACGUUUGAAAGAGCUGUCGUCGAAUUCUCAGUUGGCUGCUCGUUUGAGGUUCAUGGUUAAGGAUGUUCUCGAUCUCCGAUCCAACAACUGGGUUCCCAGGCGUGAGGAGGUGAAAGCUAAAACCAUCACCGAGAUCCAUUCAGAGGCUGAGAAGAAUCUAGGGUUGCGUCCAGGGAGCAUGAGAAACAUAAGCCGUGGAGGCGGAGGCGGAGGUGGAGGCAUCAUCUCUCCGGGGUCCGGCCCUAGUGGGCCUGGUGGCUUCCCCAUUAACCGACCCGGGACAGGAGGCAUGAUGCCUGGAAUGCCUGGAGCAAGGAGAAUGCCUGGUAUGCCUGGGAUUGACGCCAAUAACUGGGAGAUGGCGAGAACCAGAUCCAUGCCAAGGGGUGAACCCUCGAAUGCUCAGCCUCGAACUGUUCAACCAUCCCAGAUGUUCAAUAAGUCGACUUCUAUGAACACCAAAUUCUUACCUCAAGGCAGCGGUGGAUUCAUCAGCGGCAAAAGCAGCGCCCUCCUCCAAGGACUUGGUGGGCCUUCUCCUGCCACUGAGAAGCCAGCAUUCACUGAGAAGCCAGCUGUUGCUCCUGCUGCGCCUGCUGUCACUCCUGCUCCUGUAUCAUCAGCUGGAAAAAUGACCAUGAACGUCGAAGAGCUGAGGAAAAAGACUGUCUCGAUCCUGAAGGAGUACUUCAGCAUCCGACUCCUCGACGAAGCCUUGCAGUGCGUCGAGGAGCUCAACUCCCCCGGGUACCACUGUGAAUUCGUCAAGGAAGCCAUAGCCCUCGGCCUAGAAGAGAACCCUCCCUGCGUGGAACCCACAUUCAAGCUCCUCGAGUAUCUCUCAUCCAAGAAGGUGCUCGCGAGUCGUGACAUCUCCUCCGGAUGCAUGCUCUACGCGACAAUGCUGGACGACAUCGGGAUUGACCUGCCAAGAGCGCCACCCAACUUUGGGGAGAUCGUAGGGAAGCUCAUCUUGGCCGGGGUUCUGGACUUCAAGGCCGUGCACGAUAUGCUGAAGAAGAUGGAGGAUGACAUGUACCAGAAGCUGGUGCUCGAGGCAGCGGUUAGGACCGUGAAAUCGAGCAACCAAGGUAUACUGGACUCACAAUCCGCGGAUGUCGAGGCUUGCCAGAGUUUGUUUUAGUGAUGAUGAUUAUGAAUGGUGGAAGAACUGGUUCUGUUUUUGUGGCUCAGUCUGGAGAAAACACUACAAACCUUUUUUUCUUCUUAUUUCCUUUUUCUUCUUUUGCUGUGAGGCAAGCAAAAAAAGAACCUUUUUGUACUAUUUUUCAUAAGGCGGGUGAAGUCUCUCUCUUUUGAAGAACAGGUCAGAAGUUUUCCUUCUAAUUUUUGAUAAUUUUGCAAUUGUUUUUAGUUGUAUAUUUUUGAAAAUUUGGUCAUAAUGUCAUAUGGGAUAUUUGUUAAGGAAUUUGAUGGUUCCGUUUUUGGUGCUAUAAGGAACCUUGUUUGUAACUAAUAUCAUAAUUUAGGUGUAUCAUAUUUUACUAGCAAUGGUAUUAAUUCGUAGAGUGUAUCAUACCAAUUGUUCCUAAUUAUGAUUGUUAAUGAUUCGAGCUGAGCCAAGCGUUGUUAUGGUUCGAGCUCGACUCGUUAAAAUAAUUCUAAACUCGAGGUGAGUUUUAAAUUUUAAUAGGCAAGUUCGAGCUGGGCUCAUUUAACAAAAAUCUGAGUUCGAA